GAUGCGGAAGUGGUCGGUGUAGCAGGGAAUGUCUCACUCAGUCCGGUAUCCGACCGAUACAGACAUGCUCUGUCAACAAUAGCGGCGCUUUAUUCGCUUACGUGGACCAGGCAGCGUAGAGGUAGUGCGCGUCUAUUCUCUCCCGGUAGCUAAAAUACAUAUAUAUCAAAACCAAAUCGUAAGUUACUACUUAUCCCUCGCUUUAAAGAGAGGGCACGAGCUAGUUGCUAAGCUAAUGCUAGCAAGGUGUAGGAUUUCAGGAAGUUUCCACCUGCCUUACCUUCACCUGGCUACUGUAAGCGUAGCCUGCGAGCUAACAGGCCGUAAAGCAACGUAAGAUGCGUUUCAUGCUGCUUUUCAGCCGGCAGGGGAAGCUGCGGCUGCAGAAGUGGUACACGGCCACGGCCGAGCGCGACAAGAAGAAGAUGGUGAGGGAGCUGAUGCAGAUAGUGCUCGCCCGCAAGCCCAAGAUGUGCAGCUUCCUCGAGUGGAGGGAUCUAAAGAUUGUCUAUAAAAGGUACGCCAGCCUGUAUUUCUGUUGUGCAAUCGAAGAGCAGGACAACGAGCUGAUCACGCUUGAAGUCAUCCACCGCUUCGUAGAGCUUCUGGAUAAGUACUUUGGCAGCGUGUGUGAGCUGGACAUCAUCUUCAACUUUGAGAAGGCCUACUUCAUUCUGGAUGAGUUCCUGAUGGGAGGAGAGAUCCAAGAUACGUCCAAGAAGAGCGUCCUCAAAGCCAUUGAACAAGCCGACCUUCUUCAGGAGGAGGACGAGUCGCCCAGGAGUGUGCUGGAGGAGAUGGGCUUGGCGUAGUACACGGCAGGCUUGUGAGAUGCUGUAGAUACUAAAGGCAGAGGGCUGGGUGGGAGGGGGCGGGGCUUAGAUCUUUGAAGCUGGAGGGACUGAUGUCCAGCAUUUGACUGAGGGGAAAGAGAUAAUGGAGGAUACUUGCAUUGACAGGCUUUUUACUGUGUUUGUGUGUGAGUGAGACCUGAGCGUGAGGAUUUAUGUGGGUGGGGGGGGGGGUUAUGUUUUUGAAGGUGUGAGAUGGAGUCUAUCGUUAGCCUAUCAGAGAGCUGAAUCCCAGCGGAUGCUGAGUCACAGCAAGGCAGCAUGGCUCAGGACCUUGGGCUGGUGCUUUGAUCUAAAGAAGUGUUGUGACGGUCAACUGUACUAAAUUUGGACUAAGACCAAGUCUGGGAUCUGAUGUCCCCAUUGGUACUUCCUACUGAACACAUUCAUAUUUAAUAACAGCCCACGGAUGCAUAGUUUCACAUACAAAAGGCAGUUCUCUGUAGUAAGAUUCUGUUUUGAAUUGCACAGUGUUCGCCAUCAUUCCUUUAGGUUAUGUGCACGCAUAAAACAAGCAAAGCAGUACACGACAUGCAGGUUAAAAGAACAAAGCAAACGUCUGUCCAACAUUAAAACACACAUGAGCGUCUCACGCGGUUUGUGUUAAGGCUCAUUUUGCUUAGUGACACUCUAAGCUCUUGUUUUUGUAGUGCAGAGGUUGUUCUUCUGUUCUCUGGCUGCACUCUUGAGAUGUGUUCGUACUACUUCAUCCUAAAAUCCCUGCAUUGUUAGUUAUUUGGUUCAUACCAGACGUUUUAAAACGAUUGUAAACUUUUUCCUCCUAAAGGCAGAGCUUUGCUGGUCCGACUUGAGUCCCGUACCUGUUAUUGGUCCAUCUUACCGAACAGGGAGGGGUCACAGUGACACUGUGCGUUGUGAAGAAUGAACCGAAGACAUUCGAGAUUUGCAUCACCGCCUCAAAUAACUCGUCUACGCGCGAGCUAUGCGCCUGCACGCGUGUGGACCAUUGUGCCAGACGAGGUGGAAACGUCACGUCUGUCUUAUGCAAUUCAACAAAGUGCGUCUGAGAAUCACGCCCGCUUAGCCGUCCUUCACGCGGCUGGAAGCCAUCGCAGAAAUGGAAUGAAAAGGAGACGGUGAGUUGGACCUCAGUUGGGUCUACUGACCGGUACGACAUGUUAGCACUGUGCUGAAGUUCUGAGGCUAUUUAGAUGAUGUAUAUUUUCUCCCCCCUACCUGCGUUUUACACGGUUUAGUCAACCUGAGUGAGUGCUUUAUAUCAGAUGUCCCCUUAGGUAAAUUGUAAUCGUUGUCUGAAAGCAGUCUUAUCCAUGUCUACUCGGCAGAUGUUCUUUUUAUUGAAAUUAACGUAUCUAAAUCCAUGGAUUUUUGUUUCAAACUAAAUGCUUUUCUGAUAAAGGGAUAGUUUGUUUAGAAGUGGAUAAAAACAAUACCAGAGGAAGUCCGUCUGAAGGGAAACGAAGCUGUCAUCUACUCUUUAAAAACGCUGUCAUGUUGCCCGUUGAGUUGCUGCUCUACCGCUGCAAGUAUUUGCAUCGCUUGCUUGUGUUACUGUGCGACUUUGGUGACCCUGAUUUCCCUCUUUUAUAAAACUCCAAAAUCGCACUGACACAGAACUGGCUGAGCGGCAGCCCCGCGAGAUGAAACGCUGCUCCUGUCGAUGGAGCGCGUCAGCUUUGCUCAACGAAAGGAUGGACUCAACGAUUUGAGAUCAGAAAACAGCGAGGUUGAGCAGUGAGAUUAUUGUAAAUUUAGCUUCGACUUGUACUUCCAAUAGGUUCUGCUGCGUCCUCAGCUCCUCCUCCCACCUGUUACUCCAGCCUCCUCCUGCCUGCUAAACCCCAUUUCAAAGAAUCCAAACUAUCCUGUUUACCCCGUAGACUGUUGAUCUGUGCCAGCGGAUAUGUCUCAACAUUCAUCCCUUUGUAACUUACCUUGUUUUGGUUGCAUUCCUCCGAUCCGACACAUCUCAUUUUAAUGCCUCAAAAUGUUUGCAUGAUUUUCAUUUUACCCGGAUAUAUUUAUAUAAAUGUCCUCUCAGGACCUCACUGGUGUUCUAAUAGGACGUUCAUGUUCUUUUUUUCUUGACCUCACGUGACCUGCUGUGUAUGUUGCCGGGCUUAUUUGCGUGGAUGGAGAUCAUCUCACUAAAUAUUGAACUGAAGCGCUACGUGCUCCAUCCUCAGAGGACCUUCAGGUGUCUGUAACCCAAGAGACUUGGCAGAGGUCAUUGGCAGCCGGCUGCAGGACACUUAGCCCGAGCUGUCUGAAGACGUCCGUCUGCUGCACUUGAGCUCUGAAUGUUUAGGAGUAAGGGCUCACUGUCCUCUCAUCGCUGUACUGUGUCAGCAUGUAGUGGAGCAGAGGGAGGACAAGGGACAUGGAUUUACACACCAGAUGCAUGUGCAGCAGAAUUAGGGGCGAAAUACUCACAUUAGAAAGGAAUUUUCCGGUGUUGGCCUUUUUUUCACUUAUUUUAAAUCAAUUUAAAUGUAUUCUUAUCCCUAAAGGGCUUUAAUGCUUUAAACAAAUACUUUGUUUUGAAGAUGUUUUUAGCUGUUCUCAUCCAGUGAGAGUGCCCGCUUCCCACUUUGCCAUAAACUGAUUCUAAAGAGCACUGCAGAAAAAGAAACCAUGAAAUGAGUCAACCUUUCCCAUCCGCUUCCCUGAAGUCAAUGGGUUUUUGGUUGGGUCCCUUAAAUAAGACCUGUGGUAAGAUAAGAUGACAAGAUGUUUAUUUUACAACAUAAAAUACCUUUUGGGGUUAAUUUAGUACCAUUUACGCAGCUACUGAAGGCGGUUUCCAACAAGUGACUUAAUGAGACGAUGACCAUUAUGAUUGAGCUCUGCUCCCCCUGAAGAGAAGCUAUGUGAUUACUUCAGAAAUUCUAUGCCUCUUUCAUUUAGGGAAGAUUACCUUGCUUAGCUUAUCAUAAACUUGUGUUUACCACUGAGUUUGUAUUCUGCAAUAAAUCCAAAUCUGAAGAACAAAAUCCUAUUGAUUAGUAACCAGGUAACCAGUGUAAAUGUUCCUGGUUGGCCUACAAUAUGACCAGUUUCUUUGAAGUCGCGAUGCAAUAACAGCUGUCACUUUUAGAUGGCGUCUCUCUGAAGGUUCACUGUAUACACGUGAAAUGAAUCUCUCCAUCAGAAUGCAGGUUCCUGAUGUUCUGACGUGUGUGUUUGAAGCCUAACGUUCUCCUGUACAUGUGAGGACAGCCCCACUGUUUUACUUGUUGAGUUUUGAGCCUGACCUCUGCUGCCCUACAGAGAGACGUUCUUUGAAUGGUGUGUGGAAUUAAGUUGUGUUUUUUGUUCUUCUCCAUUGGGUGAGAUUUUUCUUUUGGUCAAUCAGCCAUCAUAUGCAAGGACUUUAUCAAUUUGGUUAUCAUCUUGUACAUUUAUUUCUUUAUGUGAAAGAAAGAGGGUUUUGAUGGAAAUCUCUCACUGAAAGUAGUUUUGUUCUUUGUAGGAAGAGAAUAAGAAUAAUACAUUUAAUCUGUGAUCCAGGCAAAGACUAAAGGGACUUGGUGUGUGAAUGUAAUUUUAUAAAGAAUAAACAGUUUUGAGCUAAACUUAA